CUCCUUCACCCCAUCGAACCCUCUCACAUCACAACAUUCUCGGCGAAUCCUCCGUCCCAGCUCGCUCCAUCCAAGCUCACCCCCCCCCCCCCCCCCCCCCCCCCCGGCGCGCGUGGUGGUCUCGAUCGCUACCAUGCUGUCUUCACACCACGAGGCCAUGCUGCCGUAUGCGCCGCCGUCGCUGCUGGUGGACCGUCGGUACAGGCAGCAACAAGCCGGAGAGGCGGCGCCCAGCUGCCCGCGCUGCGACUCGCCCAACACCAAGUUCUGCUACUACAACAACUACAGCCUCACCCAGCCGCGCUACUUCUGCAAGGGCUGCCGCCGGUACUGGACCAGGGGCGGCUCCCUCCGCAACGUGCCCGUCGGCGGCGGGUGCCGGAGGAAUCGCCGGGCCAAGUCGUCCGUGCGGUCGGCGUUCGGCGGCGGCCACCGGUUCGUCCAGGGCCCCGUCGUCCGGCCCGACCUGGUCCUGGAAGGCAUGGUGUCGAACUCGAACCCAGCCCAUGAGAUGCCCGCCGCUGCCGACGGCUCCACCAUUGAUCUCGCGAUGCUGUACGCCAAGUUUCUCGAUCACCACCCUCCGGCGCCGGAGGAAGGCCUCGGUAGUGCCGUGACGCCGGAGCUGGCGGUGGCACUGGCUGGGCCAGAGCGGCUCGACGAGGCAUUAUUCGACACGUUCAGCGACCUGAGCCCACCAGCUGGCGUUCUGGCGGCGCCGCCGGUGCAGUUCGAUCCGCCGUGCGGCCACGACGACGGGUUCGACGACUGGUCAUCGGGCGGGCCAGUGAGCAGCGCCGGGCCCUCGAGUACGGCCAGUACUGCCACCGCAACCACAUGCAUCCCGCCGUGCGCCGACGUGAGCGUGCACGCUGCGUUCGGCGAGGAGUUCAACUUCGCCAAGGACCAGAGCUGCCUAUUAUUCGACUCGCUAGGGCUGCCCACGGACGACGUCGGCGACCUCUCUUCGUCGUCGUGGCGUUCGAUCGUGCCGGGCUUGUCGACGCUGGAGGACACCGAGUAUGACCUGCUGGACUCGUCGUUCCCUGACGACGCCCUCAGCCUUCACGAGGGCAUGGUUAGCGGGACUGAUCAUGACUGCUGGAGCGUGGUGGAUUGCCAAGGAUUGGAGGCUCUCUACAUGCCAUAACUACACACGUGAUAAAAAAAAUCUUCUUCUUCUUCUUCUUGCU